GUGGUAGGAGAGGUGGGGCCUGAUAGGUCCGGGUAUUAUUGUUGGGUUGGAAUUAUACGGUCUACGGUUGGAAUGAGCAGCUCGGGAGCGAGGAUACCCGGUCCAUUAACUGGCCAUAGUCAAAUGGGGACCUGGAAGUUACGGACUUGUCUCUGUCGGCCUAGCACUCAGAAAGUACAGGGAAACAGAUUUGAAUGGCUUUAGGAUAUUUAUUACGUUUUUAUUGUGUUUUUAAUCCGCAUGUAUGAAGCCGAAUGUGGUUUCGCUACACACUACAAUAUACUAGCUUGUGAUUUUAUUAUGGUGUUGAUUAUUACCGCGAGCUAGCUAUGCUAGUUCGCUACUGCUCCUGUUCAAGUUGGCUACAAGUUAACAAGAUAAGUCACUGAACCCGGCCUAACGCACUUUUUAAGUGUAUCCUACUCCAUUCACCGGUAGCUACGUUUGGGAAUUGCCGACGACAGCAGAUUUGAAAGCGGGCGUAACAACGGAACUAGAUAAAGCAAAACUUGCUGGUACCGUUUUAGCCGUGGAAGAACUAUCUGGCUAGCUACAAAUCAUGCGGGGUGCAGCCAGUGUCUCUGCAUCUUUUGGAUCCCUGAGUCUGCUCCGGCUUUUUGGGUUACCCUGGUCCUGGAGCCUGGCGGCUUGUCUGGGGGUCUACCUGGGGACAGGGGGCUGGAGGUUCUUGUAUGUUGUGGUCCGCACUGCCAAGAGAGACCUUAAUGGUCUGUACGUGCUACUGCGCGUGAAGCUGGCCCUGCAUCGCCACAUGCGUAAAAGCAGCACCAUCCCUUCCAUCUUUGCCCAGACGGUGGCGCUGCACCCCGACAAGCCGGCACUGGUGUACGAGGCCACGGGGGAGACCUGGAGCUUCUCCCAGCUGGACCAGCUGUCCAACGCGGUGGCCCACUGGGCGCUGGGCCAGGGCUGGGCCGCGGGCGACGUGGUGGCCGUCUUCAUGGAGAGCCGCCCCCAGGUGGUGGCCCUCUGGCUGGGCCUGGCCAAGGUGGGCGUGGAGGCGGCGCUCAUCAACUUCAACCUGCGCCGCGAUUCGCUCAUGCACUGCGUGGGCGUGUCGGGCUCACGGGGGCUGGUGUUUGGGGCGGAGCUUGCGGAUGCCGUGCUGGAGGUGAGUGCGUCUCUCAGUCAGUCCAUGGUGCGCUUCUGCUCGGGGGAGCUGAGCCCAGAUCGCCUCGCCUCCCUGUCCGCCCUCCCCCUGGACCCCCUCCUGGCCUCGUCCCCCCGGCUGCCCCCUCCCUGUACCCUCCGAAAGGGCUUCAACGAUCGCCUGUUCUAUAUUUACACCUCUGGCACCACGGGACUUCCGAAAGCUGCCAUUGUGGUCCACAGCCGGUACUACCGCAUCGCUGCUUUCGGCUACCACGCCUUCGGCAUGCGUCCCGAUGACAUCAUCUACGACUGCCUGCCCCUUUACCACUCUGCAGGUAAUAUCAUGGGGGUGGGUCAGUGCCUGAUUAAUGGUCUAACAGUUGUGGUGAAAAAGAAGUUCUCAGCCAGUCGCUUCUGGGAAGACUGCAUAAAGCACAACUGCACAGUGGUGCAGUACAUUGGGGAGAUCUGCCGGUACCUGCUGUCCCAGCCGGUGCGUCCCGCGGAGCAGGGCCACCGGGUGCGGCUGGCGGUGGGGAACGGGCUCCGCCCCAGCGUGUGGGAGGCCUUCACCGAGCGCUUCCGGGUCGCGCGGGUCGGGGAGUUCUACGGGGCCACCGAGUGCAACUGCAGCAUCGCCAACAUGGACGGCAAGGUGGGGGCGUGUGGGUUCAACAGCCGGAUCCUGCCCAACGUGUACCCCAUCCGUCUGGUGAAGGUGGACGAGGAGACCAUGGCACUGGUACGGGACGGGGGGGGGCUGUGUGUCCCCUGUCGGCCUGGGGAGCCGGGGCUGCUGGUGGGCCGGAUUAACCAGCAGGACCCCCUGCGGCGUUUCGACGGCUACGCCAAUCAGGAUGCCACCAACAAAAAGAUCGCCCACGACGUCUUCAAGAAGGGAGACUCCGCCUACCUGUCAGGCGACGUUCUGGUGAUGGACGAGUUGGGGUACAUGUACUUCCGGGAUCGCAGUGGGGACACGUUUCGCUGGAGGGGGGAGAACGUCUCCACCACGGAGGUAGAGGGGACCCUCAGCACACUGCUGGGGCAGGCUGACGUGGCCGUGUAUGGAGUGGCUGUACCAGGCGUGGAGGGCAAGGCGGGGAUGGCGUCCAUUACAGACAGGACGGGGCAGUUCGACUGUGCCACCUUCCUCCGGGAGGCUCAGAAGGUCCUGCCCCCUUACGCCCGUCCCGUCUUCCUCCGCAUCUCCCCACAGAUGGACACCACAGGCACCUUCAAAAUUUUGAAGACCAGGCUACAGAGGGAGGGAUACAAUCCACGUCUCACAAGUGACCGGAUCUACUUCCUGAACUCCCGUGCUGGGCAUUACGAAAGGGUGAAUGAGGAGUUGUAUACCACUAUAGUGGAGGGCAGGAUGUCUCUAUGAGACAGACAGACCGACUGACGGGGGGAGGGUGGACAGACUGACACACCCCGUCAACACUCCCCUCUCUCUCUCUCUCUCUCUCUCUCUCCAGAGUUUCCAUAGGGACGACGAGGCCUCUUAAGGGCGUGUGUGAAAGGCGACCGGUCGGUAGUGUAGGUUAGCGCUCUUACUGUUGCCCUUUCAUUGGGAGUGAUAUCCCUGUGCUGCGGCUGAAUUUUGAGAAUCAAAAUCAGAAUCAGGGUUGAGUUUGUGAGGUGCACGCUGAUGACCUCAAACCUGGCUGCUGAGAAAAGUCCGACUUAAAAAAAAAAAAAGUGGGCGGCUGGGUGGGAGGGAGGUAGUCGGACGUAAGUGGGGGGGUGGGGGGGUGGGGUUGUGGGAAGCACUUGCUUAAAAAUGUCAGACUUCUGAACCUGGAUUUGAAGGAACCGAAAAGCUGUUUUUAUUUGUGGGUUUUAACGAUGAUGAGCGCAUUGGAAUGUUACCAGCACAACAUGGCCAUCAUGUGCUCAGAAAAAUACACACAUGCUGCUUCACGCACGUGCACACGUGCUCUUGAACACCCGCGCUCAACACAUACGCACACGCACAGACGCACACACACACACUCACUCACACGCGCGCACACACACACACACACACACUCACAGUCAUGCACACACACAGACACACUCGCACACGCACACGCGCACACACUCACACACACAGACACGCACACACACAGACACACACGCACACUCACACUCACGCACACACACACACACACACACUCACUCACACACACACACAGACAAGCAGACAAAGUGUCACACACAAUGUGCCUUGUAGCCCUGUUAGUGUAAACUCUGUGGGUGCAUUUUCAGGGCUAACCUUAGUGGGCUGCAGUUAUGAAACGGCAUUAUAAAACUUCCUGUGAGCAGCAGCUCCAGAGUAGAGAUUUUGGGUUUUUUUUAUAGCACAUAAAAUCAUAUAUUUGGUUCAUCCAACAGAACAACUAUUUCUGUAGUGUGUAUGUACAGCCUUGACUGCCAAGGUCAAUAGAGCCCCACUGUUGUCAGAUCUGUAAAUGUUACAUCAGUGUUAGGAUGAACUGCCAACCACAAUGUCAAGGUAAAGUUUUAAAGUGGUGCAAUAUUUAAGAUAAUAUUUCUGCUGAUUGAGAGGCAGAUAAAAUAUGCAAUUGAAAAAAUAAAGCUUUUUUUUUUUUAUUUGUUA